AUGUCUCAGGACGAGGCGGAGCGAAAGGUCCGCGAAUGGGGAUUCAAUUCCGUAUUCACUUGGACCGACCGUCCAAACGCCCAUUACCCGCCACACACCCAUGCUGGGUUGACGACGCAUUUGAUAUUGCAAGGUUCGCUUACGCUCACAUACCCCGAUGAUGAGGAGCCAACCAAACUGGUGUGCGGACCAGGCUUCCGACUCGAUGUCGAUGCACAUCGACGGCAUGAAGUAUGGAUCGGUGAGAGCGGAUGCACGUACGUGAUAGGAGAGUGA